AUGGAAGAAUGGUGGUGGCUUUGGCACGCAUCUCUGACUGUGGAGGCCUUGAUGUUCAUGACUCCUGAGGCUUCGGCACAUCCUGACCAGGGACAGAAGGCAUUAGAAGAAAAGGUCAGACAGCUGAUGGACUGGACUAAGAGAGACAGGGUGAUGAGGAUGAACACUGCCGCCUUCAACCACUUUGUAUUAGAAAAGCCAAGAAACUACUCCGUUAUUGCGAUGUUUACUGCUCUCCAGAGGUUUAGUUCAUGUGCACCAUGCAAACUUGCUGUUGAAGAAUUUCAGAUCUUGGCAGGUUCCUGGCAGUUCUCCAGUGCAUUUAGCAACAAGGUAUUUUUUGCUAUGCUGGAUUUUGAUGAAAGCCCUGAGGUCUUUAAAACGCUCCAGGUGAAGGGAGGUCCAGUUGUCCUCCAUCUUCCUGCUAAAAGUAAAUUCACGGCAGCUGACAUUUAUAAUUUCCAAGUAAGGGAUAUCUCUGCGCAGCAUAUGUUCACAUGGGCAGACGACAGAACUGGGAGAUGGAUGGGCAAUUUCACAACCAGACAGCUUAUACAUUUUCACUAUCCCUUCAAGUUAGGGAUAUCUUUGGCUCUCAUCGGUGGACUUGUGUAUGUAUUGAAAUGGAAGAGGACAUUUAUUUUUAGCAAAAAUUUUUGGGCCGUUUUAGCUCUGUGUUUUGUAAUCUUGAUGUCAUCUGGUCGAAUGUGGAUUCAUAUACGAGGAGCCCCGUUUGCUGAAAGCAAAACUCACACAGGACAGACACAUUAUAUUCAAGACACGUAUUUCUUUCAGUGUGUAGCAGAAAUGUACAUCAUUUCUCUGUUUUAUAUGUGCCUUACCCUGGGAAUGGUGCUGUUAGAUACAGCUGCCACCUCUCGUAUGAACAUGAUAAGGAGGAAGAUAAUGUCCGUGACUGGUAUGUGUCUAGUCGUCAUCUUCUUCAGCUGGCUGCUUUCUUUCGUGAGAAUUAAGUAUCAUGUCUAUCCAUUCAGAAUUCUCAUGAAUUAA